AUGUUCACGACUCACGCUUCUAUCGCUACCCUCGUACUCGCCCUGCAGGCGGCUAGCCCGGUAUCCGCGCAGAAUUACACAGAGAAAGUGUGGGGAGUCGUUGCCUACACUCUCUAUGGAGACAGCACCCCUGUUGCUCUCGUGCAGGACAGCUCCAGGGUCUUGACCAACUAUGGAGCCAGCAGUCUUGCUGCAGCCGGAUCGGCUUUCCGGGAUCGCUAUGUGGCAACGGAAGAAAGCGGCAACGAAGCAACGGGCAUCCAGGAUAUCUCGACGAAUCUCUUGGACACAAAACAGAUCGAAGUGUUCUCGACCACCGACCAGUAUGUUGCUGCCUCUGCACAAGCAUUCUUGCAGGGUCUCUAUCCGCCUCUCGGCCAGUCCAAUAUCACAUAUGCCGAUUGGACCACUGAACUGGCCAAUGGAUCUUUGGCGAGAUCUCCGCUCGAUGGGUACCAGUAUCCACGGAUUGUCACGCUGGGCUCGUCAGACCCUCAGUCUCUCACUCUGGCAGGACAGACGCGGUGUCCCAUGCAUAAUGCCGCAAAAUCUGAGUAUCUGAAUAGCGACAACGUUCAAGAAUUCAGCCAGGAGAUGCGGCCUUUUUACGCAUGGAUCUGGGGCGAAGCGCUGGCUGGUGUGUACGCAGAAUCGUCGGCUACAUAUUCCAAUGCCGUUGACAUUGCCAAUUACCUGGAAUAUGAGCUGGUGCAUAACAGCAGUCUGCUGAAACAUGUCAACCACGACGAAAUCAGUCGGGUGCGGUGGCUGGCGGAUCGGUACACUUAUGACACGAACAGCCAGGACUCUUCAUUCAGUCAGUCAUCGUACAUCGGUGCUGUCAAUGCUAUCGCGGGCCAGACAUUGGCAUCGAGCAUUCUGCAUGCGUUGGACACAAAUGUCAAUGGGAACGGUGCUCAAUCGAAAAUGACCUUGUUGUUUGGCAGCGAUGAGCCGGCCGUCGCCCUGGCAUCCUUGGUGGGGCUGGCGGAUCAACAGCAAUCCAACUUCUACUCGCGCCCGGCACGAGGUGGCUCACUCAUCUUUGAGCUGUACAGCUUCGGGGAUAGUGAACAAGACUCAGCCUACCCGAGCCCAGACGACUUAUAUGUGCGGUUCUUCCUGCACAACGGAACCAAUUCCUCCAUCGAGUUUUUGUCCUAUUCUCUCUUUAAACACGGCCCUAGCCAGGCCUACAUCCCAUACACCGAGUUCCGCACCGAAAUGGAGACGUUUGCCACGACUUCGAUUCAAGAGUGGUGUCUCCGAUGUAACUCCCAGUCGGUGUUUUGUGAGGGGGCCGUGGACCGCAAUCAAUCCCCAUCUGAAGGGAAGAAGCAAGUGUCCCCUGCAGUGGCCGGGGUGAUUGGUGCUGUAGUCACCCUUGUUGUGGUUGCAAUGCUGGCAGCCAUCUGCUUUUUAAUUUGGGGGGUUCACAAGCACACCCACAAGCCGAGUCUGGGAGGCUUCAAGGGAACCAGGAAGCUUGCAAGCGACAAAGACGUCACUUUCCGUAACCCUGUCUGGGGCAUUUUCAAGCCCUUGAAAAGCCAGCAGCCAGAUGAGGCCCCUGCUGAUGCCAUUGUGCAAGGCCAUGAGCGUGUCGGAAGUUGGGAGAUGGGCCAGCAACAAAAGGAAAUUGAAGAUAUCUCGACGGGCAAUCCACAAGGGAUAUCACCAUUCGACGAGAAUGAGGAGGAAUGGCGAGCCCACAGUGGGUUGCAGCCUGUCAAGGUGCGGGAAAGUGUCUGA